AACUCAUUUUUUUCACACUAAAGUAAAAUCAAUAAAACAGAAACGUGUGAAUCUUGUUCAAAAUUAGGUUCUCGUUCUGAUGCUCGCUGUCGCUGCGGCUGUGGUGGUGGUCGCGUUUUAAAGCCUUACCACCGCCGGUGGUGAACACAUCCUCUUUUCCAUAAGGGAAGUGGCGGAUCCGGCCCUAACACCGGAGAAAUUGAGGCUGGAUGCGGCUGAUUGGACGGAUGGCAAAGAACAACAAGCCCGGUGCCCCUCGACGAACGGAUCUCGAUGUAGCCCGAGCUGGAGGAGGAUAAGCCUCGGCCUGUUCCCGAGAUCGCCAUCGCACAUUUGAAGGGUUAGAUUUAAAGGUGUGGGGAAAACCGAUGAUGGCGACGGGAUUGGGAAAAUAGGAACCCGCCGCAGUUCUUCAAGAUCUUUGCCCUAUGCGCAUCUUCUGUUUCUCCGUCGUCUGCGGCAACGUCGCCGUUCUUCACCGCGAUCUUGGCGUAUUUAAUCACUUACAAGAAGGAAUCGACGAGGUGCCCACAAAGGCCAUAGUGGUAAUGGUUGGGCAGAGCGGUUAUUGCGCUGAUGCCAGAUGGUGGGUCCGAUUUGGACUGACGGAGACUGAAAGAGUUGAGAUCUGGAGGCAGAGUAGCAACGCGACGGUGUUGGUGAUAUGGUAGCUUCACUACAAAGGGUGGGGGUUCUGAUUUUCACAAGGGAAAGGGCCACAACGAUGGUGGAUUGGUGGUGACGAUUUGGAUGGGCGCUGGCAACAAAACCCGAACCCACGGGUACCCAUCCGGCCCAACCCGGUCAACGCGGGUAAAAUCCGUGUUGACGGGUUUUGGGCCGGAUUUGGGUUUAAACCCGUUCACUAUUCACCGGGUUGGGUUGGGUUUGGGUUUAGGUAAACCCGACCCAUGGGUACCCGCCCACACCCAUAUAAUAAUUUUCUUGGUAUAUUUAAUAUUCUAAACAACUAAUCUUAUUUAUAUUUGUGGAGACAUGUCUAAUUUUUUCUUUCUAAUUGUGUAGAAUGAAGUUGAUGUUAUCGA